AUGAAAUUUCAGGGGAUCAACCCAAUUGUUUUUCCAUCUGGCUUCGAUGAAGUUUUCAACGAAGAAUUAACGCCUAGGGAUUUCGUUGAGAAAUGUUCAUUCGAGAAAGCCAAAAAUGUGAAGGAAAAACUGACACAACAACAGGUAAUUGGAACAAACUAGGCGAGAAAUGAUCAUGUUUAAUGGAGGGAAUAUGUUUGUGGUUUUAGACUCCGUUCGACAUUGUAAUCGGAAGUGAUACGGUAAUCGAGAUAGAUGGUCUCAUACUGGGAAAACCGCGCGACGACCAAGACGCUUACAAUGUCCUUAAGAAGUAAGUAGAUUUGUGGUUAGAAGUUUUGAUAUCUCUCUGUAUUUCUAAUACUAUCAUAUCUAUGCUAAAGUAACUAUAUCUAGACUCAGUGGACGUACUCAUCUAUGUUUGACCGGGGUUUCUUUGCAAACACCGAGCAGGGACAGGACAUUCGUGGUGGAAACUAAGGUCAAGUUCAAGGAUCUGCCCGACAGUUUGAUCAAACAAUAUCUGGAGACAAAAGAACAUGUGUAAGAUGAAGGAUUCUACUACUAUUAACCUGUUUCUAAAUUCAGUGGAAGAGCCGGAAGUUACAGUAUCCAAGGGAAAGCGGCCAUUUUUGUGGAGGGGAUCGAGGGAUGUUACAAUAAUGUGGUUGGAUUACCAGUGAGCCGGGUUGUAGACGAAAUAAUGGAAUUGAUCGAAUGA